GAGGGGUUUUGUCCAUAGAUAUAUUUAGACAAUAUUAUGCUGUAUCUUUCCAUAGACAGCUUUUUAUGCCGUGGAGUACUGAACACUGGCAGAUUUGUAGAAUACAAACUGUUAAAGUCCAUGUAAGAUUUGUUUUAAACACGAUGGCCCAAACCAAAAGAUCAUCCAUGAAAUCAUCCGAUCGGACCGCAGACGACCAGUUGGGUCAACUCAAUGAAUUGGAAAACGUCAUCCGUCGAAAAAGUGUGUAUCCAUUUCCAUUAGGUCGUCGUCGUAGUAGUCUGUUUUCGGGACACAUGGCGGAAACGCCCUUGUCGAGAAAAUUCAGCAGAAAAUUCUCUAAAUUCGACUUAGCGCCGCGCCACAUCAACUAUGAGGCCACCUAUCGGACGGAGCCGGUGAUCAAGUUCCACGUGGCGACUGUUCAGAAGGUUAUUAAAGACACCCUCACGGAACUGCUGGAGGAUUUCCAGUACAGUGCAGUGGGAUGCUCUACUGUCAGCAGAACGGUAGUGGAGGAAAUCAAACAUCGCGUUAAACUUCUGGGAUACGACCGCUACAAGAUCGUCGUCGUCGUUGUAGUCGGGGAGAUGAAGAAUCAGGGAGUCUUAGUUACGAGCAGGUGUGCGUGGGAACCAAUGUUUGAUGACUAUGCGACAUGUACGUACCAAAACAAAGCAGUCUUUGGCAGUGCGCAAGUGUUUGGAAUUUACAUGGAUUAAUUUUAUACUGAGAAUUAAUUACCAAUGGCAAUAAGUAACUGUAUUAAUUUAAUUAUAGGAAGGAAAUUGAAGUGGGAAGUGGAACCACAGAGGAUGGUGUGGUCCACCACGACAUUUUGACCUUUUAAUGACUUCAAAUGUGAGAUCGGAGCAUCUAUAGAAAAAAUUUACAUUUUAGAUGACUUUUUAAAAAGGUGCCGAUCCAGGAUUUUGUAAAAGGGGUCCACAAAAAUGUAUUAAAAGGGCAAUUUGAGUUUGUCAAAGGCAACUGAGCCGAGCUCUCAAAGAAAGCCAGAUCUGUAGGAGGUUUGUUGACAUACUCCUUGGAAAAGUUUGAAAUACAAAUGCACAGCUGAGACGCAUUUUCAGGGAAAGUUAGUGUUGUAUUAUUGUUAAUGAUGAAUUAAAAAAACCCACCCAAAACAAAAAAAACGAACAAAACAAAACCAGUCAAUAUGGGUGGGAGUGGGGUUGAGGGUUACUGGACCCCUGUGACGCCCAUUUGGUUCAAACAAUGUUAUAAGGAUAAAUAUGUAAACCUUAUGGUUCUGGGCCCCGUUCCACGAAACGAUCUUAACCCUAAAAUUACCUUAUGCACUUAAGUUGAUCUUAGGGCUAAGAUCGCUUCGUGGAACGGGGCCCUGAUUUGGAGGUGAAGAGGCACACGGAGUUCCGUUCACCCACGAUUCUUACCGAGCUGCAUGUUUGUUCCUCUUUAUCGUUCAGGAGCUUUGAUUUUCACAACUAUUGGAGAUGCAACGAUAUAGCAACUGAAGGGUGUAUACUACCAAAUCAAAUCCCAUAGACGACAAUAGUAACAUAUGUGGCUAAAACUCCUACCUGCAACGUAUCAACCGACAUAAACGCCACGGAUAUAAAUACUACCACCCCUUA